CGGACCGAGAUACCGGAAGUUAAACAUUCUCGCCGUUCAUGUGGAUCAAUGUUGACAACAAAAAGUGUUUCUGAACGUUGAUAUUAGCAGUAAUUCACAGAACAUUUACAAGAUUCAACAUAAACCAUGUCCGACAACGAAGACAAUUUCGACGACGGAGAUUUUGAAGAUGGCGAAGAAGAUGAGGGAUUAGAUGACCUGGAAAACGCCGAAGAUGUGGACCGGGAGAACGUGCAGAUCCUGCCUGCAGGACAGGGGCAGGGGGCCAACCAGAAGAGGAUCACAACACCUUACAUGACCAAAUAUGAGCGAGCCAGAGUGCUUGGGACACGAGCUCUCCAGAUAGCGAUGUGCGCUCCAGUCAUGGUGGAGCUGGAGGGAGAAACGGACCCCUUGCAAAUCGCUAUGAAAGAGCUCAAGGGCAGAAAGAUCCCUAUCAUCAUCCGCAGGUACCUUCCCGAUGGGAGCUACGAGGACUGGGGCUGUGACGAGCUCAUCAUAACUGAUUAAAGCACUCACCCAGUCUGAACUGAUAAAUCAAUAUGUGCUGGUUCACAGCCACCAUCACAUCAGGUCAGUCAGCCACACAAACCCAGAAGAUCCCCUAAGGCCGACCCCAGCAUCACCCACCUGUUCGUGCCCACGAUUUGAUCCUCAAACAUCCAUCGCUUCAGGUGACUCCGUGAGUCUGUGGAAUAUGAAUAAAGGAAAUGUGCUGAGUUGACACUAGAAGGCUGAUUAAAACAGAGACGCUUGCAGGUUUCUGAUCUUGUGAUCUGACUUGUUACAUUUUUAGUUCCAUUGUGUUGUUUGCCACGCGACUCGAGAUACAAAUCCACUUCUUUAACAGUUGCAUUAUAAUGAAGAGCCACAAGGGGGAAAUGUAACUUAAGUCGAACAUUUGCUUUGUUUUACAAAAUGAACCUGUGUUGUUGUUAUUCCAUGUUUUGUUCUGAAGGAGAGAGGUGAUUAGUGUACAAGAACUGUUUUAUUGUUAUUAAUAAACUCUUUUGUAUAAAUGA